CGGUAGGCCCCCGGCCCCAAGAUGGCGGCGCCCAGCGAAGUGGCCGAGGCGGCCUCCGGCGACGGCGAGGGCGAGGGCGAGGGCGAAGGCGAGGGCGGCAGCUUCGGGUCCUGGCUGGACGCACGGCUGGAGGCUCUGGGGGUCGACCGGGCCGUGUACGGCGCCUACAUCCUGGGCGUCCUGCGGGAGGAAGAGGAGGAGGAGAAGCUGGACGCCCUGCAUGUCCGAGGGGGCAGCGGGUGCUCUCGGGCUGUCUGUGCCCAUCAGGAAGCAGGCCCCGGGGCGUCCCGUGACAGAAGCCUGCAGGAAGCGAGCGCCCCUUUGAUUCCUGUUUUAGAGGAAGAAGAUUCCCUCCUUAGUAUCUGCAAGGAGAUUGUGGAACGAUGGUCAGAAACUCAGAAUGUUGUCACCAAAGUAAAAAAAGAAGAUGAAGUACAAGCCAUUACCACCCUAAUUGAGAAGCAGGCACAGAUUGUGGUGAAGCCCAGGAUGAUGUCAGAAGAGGAGAAGCAGAGAAAAGCUGCCCUCUUGGCCCAGUAUGCUGAUGUGACAGAUGAAGAGGAUGAAGCAGGUGAGAAGGAUGAUUCAGGUGCUACCACAGUUAACACUGGUCCUGACAAAUCUCUGUUCCGAAACACCAAUGUGGAAGAUGUCCUCAACGCCCGAAAAUUGGAGCGAGACUCACUUCGGGAUGAGUCCCAAAGGAAGAAGGAACAAGACAAGCUGCAGAGGGAGAGAGACAAACUAGCCAAGCAGGAGCGCAAGGAAAAGGAAAAGAAAAGAACACAGAGAGGGGAGCGAAAACGAUAACCGUGGCCUACUCUGUUUUUUCCCCCUUGAACUUAGUCAAAGGGAGAACUGGCUGUGCGUACGUGUAUUUAUGAGAAUUGAGAGAACGUUGCAAGGUGACUUCCCGAGGCAUUUCCCCUUUCGUUGACAUGGUCAAAAGGAAAACCACAAUUACUACUCAUUAUGAAACGUGCCAUGUUUUGGUGGUAUAAGCAAUCAGGUUAUCAUAGCUGAUUUCUGUACCAAAGAUCGAGAACGGGGGCAACCUUUAUAUUAUAACACUGAGGCCCUGUGCUCCUUUUGACCACUUUAAAGUCUUCCCUCACCUUGGAUACAGAAAGCUGACCAUUACAGUUUUCUUCCUGAAGGAGCAGAAAUGAAUAACUCCUUCCCUGAGAUAAAAUGGGGUGCACACUGCUUUGGAGGCAAUAUUCACCUCUAAAUGUAGUAUCGCUUUAUGGCUGAAAUAGAAGCAAAUGACGAGCCCUACCUGCAUCCAGAUCUUUUGUUACAUGACAGCAGACUAGAAAAAUGGGAAGAAAUUAUUUGGGGGAUAUUCUAGAUCUGAGAAUUUUUUUAAAAAAAAGUUUCAGCCUGUGGGAGGCGUCUUUUAAAAUACAGAUAGUAGCUGGGUUC